GGCGGCUCGACAAUGACGUAAGGCGGAAAGGCCCUGAUUUGUUGUUCCGCUCAUGUUCAUAAAGUUUGUUGAAAUUAAGGAGCUGCAGCGCAAUGAGGUUUCUACGGGGCGUACUGCCACGAUUGGGCCUCGUAGCCCGAUCUGUCCUUUCUUCCAACCAGCAAUUGAAAGGCCAACCGUAUGGGCAUGCUGCAGGGCCUCUCCCAGCCAUACAGGAGCCAGCACAGACAGUGGAUGACAGAGUGUUGAACGACCCCCUGAAACAUCCUGAUUUCUUCCAUGUCAAUGAGCUCUUCACUGUAAAAGACCUCUUCGAUGCCAGGGUGCACUAUGGUCACAAGAGAGGCUGUCGGCACAGGCUGAUGGAACCAUAUCUUUUUGGCUGCCGUUUGGAGCAAGACAUUAUUGACUUGGAUCAGUCUGUUCUUCACCUUCAGCAGGCGCUGAACUUCACUGCCCAUUGUGCAUAUCGGAAAGGCAUCAUCCUGUUUGUAAGUCGAGCCAGUCAGUUUUCUCACCUGAUAGAAAAAACGGCGCAGGAGAGUGGAGAGUACGCGCACACCAGGUAUUGGCAAGGUGGCCUACUGACCAAUGCGCACAUUCAAUACGGCACUGGUGUUCGUCUGCCUGACCUCAUCAUCUUUGUCAACACCUUAAGCAAUGUAUUUGAACAGCAUGUUGCAGUGCGAGAUGCUGCCAAGAUGAACAUCCCAACGGUGGGGAUAGUGGAUAGUAACUGUAAUCCAAGUCUCAUCACUUACCCCAUUCCAGGGAAUGAUGAUUCUCCCUCGGCCGUUAAACUUUAUUGUAAACUUUUUAAAAUGACCAUUCUCCGGGCAAAGGACAAAAGACGUCAAAUGGACCUUCUGCAUGGACUCCAGAAAGAAUGAACCAAGUGAAGUACUUAAUAUUCUGAGAUAUAGAACUGCCAUCAGGCAUUGGAAUCUGUAAAAGCAGGAGGAACUCUCCUUUGUAAUUAAAAAAAAUUAAUACAUUAAAUUAGUCCGUGGUUAGCA